AUGGCUGAAGGCGGAACUUGUUCAGACCCUCCCUCUGUGACCAGUACAAGACCUAAUCUGUUAGAAUCCCAUCACCUAGAUUGUCCCAUAUGUCUGGAGCAGUUACGACAGCCGAGGUCUCUACCAUGUCUCCAUUCUCUUUGUGAGGAAUGUUUGAGUAGCUACAUCAUCGUGGAAACUUCUGGGACGAGCGAUACGACGACUUCCUUUACCUGUCCGGUGUGUAGGACGUUAACUCACCCUAUCGACAAAUCUGAGGACAAGGAAAACUGGGCAAAGCAGUUCCCAACCGACAGUCAUGCCGUAGAGACGAUACAACUGGUGAACCAGACAAAAGAGCCAUACCACUGCAAACCCUGCCAGAAGAAAGGAAACAUGACGCCGGCAAAAUUCUUGUGUAAUACCACAGAGUCCUUCUUCUGUGAGUCCUGCAAAGUAGAUUUCCAUGAUAUGGUCCACACUGGCUGUGAUAUUGUCGACAUCAAAAGAUCAAACAUGUCCCAACUACGUGUAACACUUGACCACUCGACCAGACGAUGUGACAAACACAAUGACAAAAUGGACUGCUAUUGCCAGGACCACAAGACCCUUGGAUGUAGUAAGUGUAUAUACGUGGAUCACAGGAAAUGUGAGGACGUAUCUACGAUAAAGAAUUACUGCGAGAAAUUAGAAAGUACCUCCCGACUUAAUGAGAUGAGGAAAUCUCUGAAACGAGGAGCAGAUGCCAUGGAAAUCCUGAUAAAGGCCUUCUAUAUGCAUCUUCAAAGUCUCACAGACGACAAAGAUGCAGCAUUGACAAGCAUCGAUAAUCUGCACAAACAAAUAGAUAAAUGUGUCUUACAAAUGAAGAAGGAGAUCACAGAUGACUUGAUCACAGCUUACAAAAAGGAGAAAGAGAAUCUGAAGAUAGCCAGUCAGAAGUGUGAACGACUGAAGACCGCCAUGGAGAAUACACUGGAGGCGUCCUCUACAGCCCAGCAGAAUAUAGAUCACAUGAAUACAGUCCUCUUGUACCAGAGAAGCCAGAUGGAGGUCGACUCGUGUGAAGGCCUGUUGGCAGAAACGAAGAAGUCAUAUUCGACCUCUAGGAUUGAGCAUAUAAAAGAUUCCAACGUCUCGAGCAUCAGUUCAGCCUUAAGCCUAGGAAAAAUAGUUGUUGAACAGCAGAAGAAAAACGUCCCAGCUUCCAUCAGAACUCUUUCCAAACCUCUUUUCAGAUGUGAAAUUAAAGAAAUAGGAAAGGUGAAUAUUAAAUGUCCAUCGGAUACGUCGAAUUGUUCCGCGGUUGGAGUUGUUUACUUUCCUGAUGGCCGAAUUGUUGUAGGAGAUUACACUAACAAGAAGAUCAAGUUAAUCACCGACGACGGAAAUGUUGCUGCCGAAUUACAAGUAAACGGAACACCUGGUGACGUAUGUAUUGUGGAUAACACAACUGUGGCGGUCGCGGUAAUGCGUCCCGGGGGUAUACGUGUAGUGACAGUCGCGCCCUCUAAACUUACUAUGUCAUCACAAAUAAACACUGAGAUACCAUGUUACAGCAUAGCGUGCAGGAAUGGUGAAUUCGUCGUGAAUACAGGAUCCGAAGUGUGCAGCGUGAGUAAGGAUGGUACGACACACAAGUUACAAAGAUAUAGUGAUAUAGUAUUCGGAAUAUCUUAUGAUUCCCAGCAUGGACAUCUGUUCAUCACACAUUGGACUGACACUACAGGCGAGAUGGUCGUCACCAGAUUGUCCGAUGACAACAAACAUACUGACGUGUUGGAAGUCGGUGUCGUUAAGCGUGCGUCAGAUGUCGAUGUGGACGAGGACGGUAACGUCUAUGUCUGUGGUCACGACUCCAACAACGUGGUACAGAUGUCUGGGGACGGGACAAACGUCCGGGAACUGUUAACGGCAGCUAACGGUAUCGAACGUCCACGUGCAAUCUCCGUAUGUGGGGAUAAAAUUGUAGUGACGAACACAUCACGACAAAUGGACUUUGUCAGAGUGUUUCGACUUGUUUGA